AUGUAUCAAGAAUCUCUCCUCUACAAAGCUCCGAAAAUCAUGAUUCGAAUAUGGCUGUCAGAAAAUCGGGUUGCACUCGAGGAUGCCUUUGUGUUUAUUGGAUUGUUGGCCGUGCAGUUUCUUUAUGCAGGGAAUUCAAUCUUGCUGAGUUACAUCUUGAAAUUCAGGUCUCUGUUCAUGAAGGGAACUAGUCUCACUUCACCAGCAAUGGCUACAGCAAUGCCGAAUCUUGCACCGGGACUUAUAUUUAUCAUUGCCUGGGCAUCGAGACUAGAGAAAAUAGAGCUAGGAUGCAUUUACAGCCAAGCCAAAAUCAUCGGGACUUUGCUGUGUGUAUUUGGGGCCGUAACAAUGAGUCUCAUGCAGAGUAUCGUGCAACGCAACACAGCUAAUGAUUCCCCACCAGCAGCAGGCGAGAAGAGUGUUGCUUUAGACAAUCAAACUAUUAUCGGCUGCAUAUAUCUCAUUGCAGCAGUUCUUGUUCUGUCGAGCCAAGUUGUUCUACAGGCUAUUACUCUUCAUGAUUUUCCGGCUCCAAUAUCUUUGUGCGCAUUGACUUCACUGAUUGGUGGGCUAACGACAGCAAUAUUCGAGAUUUUUGAGGAUCACAAAACCGAGCAUGCGGGAUGGCCUUUAUUGACCGUUCAAGAAAUGGUUCUCUAUGCCAUAUUCGCAGGCAGUGUGAGCGGGAUGUGCGUGAGCAUGAAUGCAUGGGCAAUGAAGAAAAGAGGUCCGGUUAUUGUGUCGAUAUUCAAUCCUCUUGGAACAGUCAUUUCCACUAUCUUCUCCGUCAUCACAUUGAAACAAUCCAUUUGUGUAGGAAGUCUUGGAGGCAUGUGCCUGAUGUUCAUCGGUCUCUAUUGCGUGCUUUGGGCUAAAAGAAAGGAAGGUUUUUCCGUUGCAGGCGAAAGCUCACUGGAAACCGAUCCCGACCUCGAGAAGCUUCUAUUAGCUUGAAUUUUUUAGCUGAGGCCAACUUUAUGUACAUACAAUAGUCAGUGUAUAUAGUAAAUGGUAUACAUGCAAACUUUGCCUCUGUUAGAAAUUAAAUGAGGUCUUCACUCUGUAAAAGUUUUGUUUAUGUGGAAUAUAUUUGGCAAGAAAGUAUAGGUGUCUAACGGUUAGACAACAUAACGUGAUAUACAUCGCUCUAUACUUCACACCCAAUUCAACAUAC